UGCAGUGAAGUGCUCCCGAGGUUCAGACAUCAACAUGUACCAAAAGAUAAAACACUCUUCUCUCCUGCACUCAAACACAUCUACACUUCCUCAGCCGGGCCAUAAAGUGCAUGACGUAGACAACUGCUCCAGUAUGAAAGGGCAAACUCUGCUCCAUAAGGCAGACAGUGCAGUGCUGUGGGGGUCAGAGGAUCUGACGGAUGACAGCGUCCCGCCUCUGAAAGUUCAGCUUUGGCCCGACGGAGAGGAGAAAACGACGGGAAUGGAGAGGCUGCUGAAGAAAUGUCAGAUCAGAAACAAACUGUUCAGGGAGUGUUUGGCUGAGUGUCUCGGGGUCUACAUCUUGAUUCUGUUUGGAUGUGGCUCCGUUGCCCAGGUGACCACAACAGAAGAGAAGAAGGGACAGUACCUAUCCAUAAACCUGGGUUUUGCACUUGGAGUAACAUUUGGGAUCUUUGUGUCACGUGGAGUUUCAGGUGCCCAUCUGAACCCGGCGGUGUCUCUGAGUUUGUGUGUUCUGGGGAGACAUCCCUGGAUGAAGCUGCCUUUCUACAUCUUCUUCCAGCUGCUCGGAGCUUUUCUAGCUGCAGCCACAGUUGCACUGCAGUACCAUGAUGCCAUCAGGGCGUACGGUGGUGGACAGCUUACAGUCACAGGGCCAACAGCCACAGCGGGCAUAUUCUCCACCUACCCAUCUGACUACCUGAGUGUGUGGGGAGGAGUCGUGGACCAGGUGAUAGGCACCGCUGCCCUCUUGCUGUGUGUCCUGGCACUCGGGGACCAGAGGAACACCUCCCUCCCUGACAGCUUUCAGCCUGUACUGGUGGGUGCAGUGGUGCUGGUUAUCGGCAUCUCUAUGGGCUCCAACAGCGGCUACGCUCUUAACCCAGCCAGGGAUUUUGGACCUCGGUUAUUCACGUACAUCGCCGGCUGGGGAGAUGAUGUUUUCAGGGCUGGAGACGGUUGGUGGUGGGUGCCCAUAGUGGCUCCUUGUGUCGGUGCCCUGCUGGGGACUCUGAUCUACCAGCUGAUGAUCGAAGUCCACCAUCCCAUCCAUCAGUCUGAGCUACCCAGUUCAUGUCAGGAGGCCACUGAAAGCAAGACGGGCGUGGAGCUGGAGGGGGUGGAGCCAGGCUGUGAAAAACCCACCAAGAACUCCAAUUUAGCUUAGUUUAAAAAAGGAAAGAUCUGCUGUGUAUUCUGACAUUAAACAAAAUAAAAAUAAUAACUAAA